AUGUCAGAUAAUCCAACAACACCUCUUCAUUCUUACACCCCCUAUCAACCCAACAAAGUACUUCCAAUCGUCUUCGCUGUUCUCAUUGCUUUGUCGCUCUUAACCCAUGCAUUUCAAAACUUCCGCUACCGUUUUUGGCGUGUCACAUUCUUUGUGUUCUAUGCCAACAUGGUAUUCAUGACCGGUUGGAUCCUACGCGCGGUCUUCUCUCAUACGCCUCUCAACCUAGCACUAUACAUUGGCCAAACCAUUCUCAUAUAUGCUGGCCCUCCCAUUUUUGCUGCAGCCGAGUAUAACAUUCUUGGGCGGCUAAUGCAAUAUGUACCUAUGCAUACUCCUCUCCAUCCAGAUCGAGUGGUAAUUGUUUUCGUCUACCUGGGUGCUCUUGUUGAAGCCCUGACCGGCGCGGGUGCUGGUAAACUGGCUAAAUCGACCCCCGGGACAAAAAAAUACAUCAAUGGUGGCACGUUGAUUGCGAUUUCCCUAGUCCUGCAGGGAGUUAUCGAGUGCGCGUUCGUCUCAUUGGUGGCACUGAUACACUAUCGAUGUGCCAGGGCGCAGAUGCUGCCGAGGAAUAUCACAGUCAUUUGUAUCACUCUGUAUGGGACUUCGGCGCUGGUGCUUCUGCGCUGCGUGUUUCGAGCUAUUGAAGCGUUCACGACAUACACUCACAGUUGUUCCGGAGGAUCCUGCGGAUCUAUUGUGAUGAAUGAAUGGUAUCUCUAUGCCUUUGAGGCUGCACCGAUGGUGCUUUACACACUAUGGCUAAACCUCUUCCAUCCAGGGAGGUUCUUGCCUAGAAAUUAUAAGAGGUAUCUAGAUAUCGAUGGCAGGACGGAGCGAAUAGGGCCUGGGUGGAUUGAUGAGAGGCCAAUGUUGCUGACGGUUGCGGAUCCUUUUAACUGGCAGAAUGAUGCUCGCGGGGGACAAAAAUAUUGGACAAGCCCGGAAAAAUAUACGGUUUGUGAGGAUGGAAGUUUCGCGCUUGGGUCAGCAUCUAAUACCUCCGCGGCCGAGAAAAAGCAAUAUGUGCGCAGGGCAGUGUAG